AUGUCGCUGGCAGCGGCGGCUCCGGCGGGGUCACCCGGACCUUGGCCCCGCCCACUAGGGAGAGGUAGCUACGGCGGCCGGGUAGGGUCGAAUUCCUCCGACCGCAAGCUUAGCUCGGAAGCCUGGGCUGGAAGCGGUGUCGUUGAGCUGCCGCGCGUCGCGCCUCGGGCGGCAAGCGAACUCAAGCCCCGCCUUCCGGAGGCUCCGCCCCUGCGCCGGCUGUUGCUAGGCGGCAGGAAAGCGCCCGCUCAGUGUGGGCGGCACGCGGGGGCGCAAGGAGGGAGGGGCCGGGAGCCGCGCGGCGCUGGGAAUCUUCCGUCACCGCCGCGAUUGGGCGCCCAGCGGCGUAGGCUGGGAAUCCUAUGUGCGGAGGCCGCCGGGCGGGGGCGCUCAGCAGGCCUCAGGCGGCCUCGAAAGCCUUGCAGCCGGAAGCCGCCGACCUCGGGGCCUGGAUUUACCUCACAAAAGGACUUUUCUACUCUACAUCUUACAGUCUGCAUUUUGCCAGCCAAUGGUGGCAUUAUGCAGGAGUAUCUACCUCUCUUUGUCUGUAGCCCUGUGAGGAGUAAUGACAGGGUUGGUGGGGUGGUUCCUGGAGAAAAUAAAGAGAUUUCAGCCCACAGGAUACAGAGAGCUUGGUUAUCUCAUCUGGACAAAACAGUGUUUCAACUCCUUAAGUACACAGUUUGUGCGGCGGAAUAUCACGUGACACAUGAAAUUCUGAAGAAAGUAAGCCCCUUAGAGGCUGAGCUUGUUAAAGAUCCUUGCAUGAAGUGUAAAGUUAGAGUGAGAUUUAGCGGUGAAACAUUUCCACCUUUGAUCGUGUUUAAAAUUUUCCUUCAUACUGAAGGCCAUGGUUACAAGUAUUUCAGCGGAAAAAAUUUAUUAAAGCCAUCAAGUGAGGCGGUGGUUGAUGCUUGCAAAAUGAUGGGGGAAAAGAAAUUUUAUCAUCAAAUUAUGGAAGAUGAACAUCUUUUCCAGAAGUUCAAAAUAACUAAAAAAAUAGAUAUUGUCACUCUGAAAGACUACGUGCAAUAUUCCAGUCUUCUGGAUGAGACCCCUGCAUCUUCUGGUGGCAGAAAUAACUAUUGGCGAAGGUUAAACCUCGAAAGCAUUCCCAGGACAAUGAUAAUGUAUGACAUAGUUGAUUAUGCAGAGACUGGAAUAAUCUCAAACCGUCUUAAAAAAGAAAUGAAGUAUCUGUUACAAAGACCAAAAACAGAAGAGAUGCGUCAGCACCAGCUACGAAUUGUUUCUGAAGUUAGGAAAAUUUCUAGGUGCCCCUCAUCCUUCUCAAGUCUUCAACCUUUAUAUCGACGCUACCAGCAGCAAAGUCAAAUUAAACAUCUGGGUCGUCGAUCCAAGCAAGCUCAAAUGAAAGUUGAAAAAAUGAGAAAAGCUUAUAAGAUGGCUAAAGAGAAAAAUGUUUCUGCAGAAAGUGUUUUCUCUAGGAUAACAGCAAGUAUCUGGAUUGUUUUGUUUUGUUUUAAUCCAGUCUGAGGAUAUCUUUCUUUUAACUGUUAUCGCUUCAGAAACGGACAUGACUCCUUAAGUGUCAGAAAUGUUUGCCUUCACACGUGAAGAACAGCUGGAACAGGGGCUGAAUUAUAGAGUCACAUUCCUUUUCUGACAGAACUCCAUUUUUUUUCAGUUGAUUCUAGACUUGAAGCUCCAUGCUAGUGAAAUUAAUAAUACUUAAUAGUAUUUUAGUCAGAUUGAGAUGAGAGAUCAACAAUAUAAUGGACAAAACAGUAUGAUAGAAUUUUUCAAAUUUAAAUGUUAUGUUUUAUCAAGUCAU